CAUCAGCGAGGGCGAAGCGUACCCAAGCUCAAGCAAGUAAACAAGUUGUGUGGAUCUUGUAUACAGUUUGUGUAUAUUCAUAUGUUUUCCUGAGUUUACUUUGGGAUUUUACUUUUUAUAUCUUUUCGUGAGUUUGUUCGUACAGUCAGCACCAUGCGCAUGCCCUCGUCGAUGUCUUCCUGCGACUCUACACGCAGCAGCACUUCAACCAGAAGCUCUUUUUCGUCGUCUCUCAACUGCUGGUCGUUUGCUCUCUCGAAAGUAAGAAAAAAAGAAGCUGUCGACUUGAUGGAAGCUCCAGGUGGACCCAAGAAAGGUGAGGCGCGAUGUAGCUGCGAAGCUCCGAGAAGUAGAACGCUGUCAGCUUCUACAAGAAUGUCACCACACGCUACUAGACACACGGACACGCAAAGCAGGAGAAUGGGUGAAGCGUCCUCGAAACCAAGACAAAAUGUGGGGGCAAAAACCGCGACCCACUGCAGCCUGGUAGCCUUUUCUUACGCAUUUUUCCGACUAGUGGCAAACUUCGCCCUGGCGAGCGCGAAGAACGAUACCCACACCAGCACCGGCGUCCCCUUGUCACUUUACACGCUCCAGCCAUUCGCGACGCGUACCUUUGGUAGCAUUCUGGAUUGCUUCUCCGAUGAGGAACAUUCGCUCGCCGACUAUCCAGGAAAAAACUAAAACACCCAUCCCCAUACAAUUUGUCAUGCAAAGUAAUCAUAAACUCCUCUGCUUGUCAUGCAAAAAAUAAAAAUGGAUCGGGAUGGGUGUUUUAGUUUUUUCAUGAAUACCGACAGCGAGUAUUGCCUCGAGCAGGCCUACAGUGCCGCCAAAACCAGUCCUGGGAUAGAGGAUUUGAUUAUCGGCGUGAACGAGACCAUGCUGACCUGCAAGGUCACUGGGAAUGAGAAGGUGCAGAAGCGGGGCUGCGAGGCGUUAACGGUGCUGUCCUUCGACCUGAUGGCCAUGAGCUUGGGCUACAUGGUGCUGUGCGGCAGUGAUGACGACAAAUACCACGAGAACGCGGUAAACCUGUACGGGGACACGGUGGGCUGCCAGCCCUUUCUCAACAUGGCGGCGAACUACAUCCGGGGCCGCAUGGAGCGGUGCGAGGAGCGGUUUUAUAUGGAUUGCAAAUAUGUCUGGGUCGGGAAGGUUCUAAACCUGUGAUGCUGUCUCUGGAUCCUAAAAAAAAUUUGUAUUGCAAGACCAGCAAGAGGACUCCAGUAGUUUGUGCUACGCUGAGAGGGCAACAUUUUUCAUGCGGUAGAAGCAUCGCAAAGCGCUCUCAAAAUCUGUGAUGCUAGGGCAUGCAUUGCAGACGUCAUGGGUCAUUCAAAAUAUGCAUGACAAACCUUGAUUGCGCCACUAGGGCCUUGUGUUCCGGCUACUCCGGAUCGCAAUCGAUGGAGGGCGGGACCUGCACCGGCGACAGGCGCUACCCAACCAACCAACCAACCAAACCUUCCAUUCUUCCAGACCCAGACAUAUUUGCACUUGAUAUUUUACUUGAGCCCCCUGAAAUACUACGUAGCCGACCAGGUCGGCAAGUGGCGCAAAAAGUACCUGGAAGGCCUGGUAGCUAUGCACUGCAAAAGCAUCGCGCAACUGACUCGUAUAAAUUGCAUCCAGGCAUGAAAAAUGUCUUUUCCAAGCUGCGUCAGCAUAACAAAUCCCACUUAUGCUCUUGCCAAUGAAAUUUGUGAUGCUAAUUUUACUAAAGCAAGUGCAAGGGAUACUUUUGCAAUGCAUAAUGGCCAAGCAGGACCAGAACGCGGGGAAAAUUCCGCCCUCGACCUUCUUAUCCUGUGCAAAAGUAUCGUACUCGUACAAAUGCAAGUCUUGCAUUACAAAUCUUGCUUCCAAGGCAAAUCUGCAUUACAAAUUUUAUUUCUCAUGCUGAGGAAAUUUGUAAUGCAUUUAUACGAGUGGGAGUGCGAUACUUUUGCAGUUCAUACUUCUGGCGCCUCUCCGUGGACGUCGUCAACGACGUGUCGCAGUGGGUCCGAUGGAACGCGUGGCAGGCUAACCACUUUCUGUGGGUACGACUGCAACCGAUGUGGUUUAAGUCUAGAAACUACAGGAAAACCGAAUCGUAUUGAUUGAAUGCAGAACAAGCCAGAGGACCAGCACUAGCACGAAAUCCAAUAAGGAUAUAACAGAGAAAAAAUUGAAAUGAUCGUCGGCAUAUUAUAUGCAAAUAGGAAUGCGAAUGAAAAAGAGGUGGGAAUCGUGCCAGCUGCGGGGUAAGUACCUAUUGCUAUUCCGCACUCAUCCGAUUAUCGUCCUUUGCACAGGUCCAAGACGUGAUAGAGGCGAAGCAGGUGGUUCACACGGAGUGGGGCAAUAUAAAGCGAUGGGAGAAGCUCGGGGCUAACGACGCCAACAACACGUACCCCCUCCCAACGUCGAAGCCACGCUUCUUUUUCAGCGAGAAGUUUGGUAUGCGGUGGGAAAUCGUGAACUCGUUGCUGGAAGAGUAUGGAGUAGAAGAGCUGCGGGUGGUAGAAGUAGGCGUGUUUGCCGGCCACUUUUCGAAGUUUCUUCUCGAGAAGUUCCCCAAACUUCAGCUGAUAGGUGCGUUUCUUUGAUUAUUCUCAACAUUUCGGCUUGUUGAUUGUUUUUGAUGUUAUUCAUGGCUGUGAGAAUAGUGUAUUUUACGGUCCGUUCAGGUCGAAUAAUAAAUUCGCUUUGCGCAUGAACGUUCCACCUCCUUAGGUAUUGAUCCGUACGUGGGUACGGACGAGACCUUUCCAGGCGAUUAUUCGCAGACGUUGGACCCAUCCGUCGCCUACUCGAACGCCAUGGCCAUAUACGAAGAGUCAGGGCCCGGACGCGCGACGCUGUGGCCGACCACGUCAUUGGAGGCCGUAUAGAAUUUAUUUACGUUACAAGAAUUUAUCGUUGUGCAUUUGUAUUUGUUCGGGUUUCAUCGUUCGUUCAAAACAUGAUCAUUUGCAUAGAUGCAAACCAACUCCCUUCUCCCACGCAUGCACAACAAGCGUUGUAUGCUGCAAUUCGCAGAACCACGACGGUUUCUGAGAGGACUGAAAAUCCGAUCGCACUUUACAGGUCAAAAACGUACCCGACCAAUCCAUCCAUGCAGUUUUUGUAGACGGAUGCCACUUUUACCACUGCGUCGAGGAGGAUCUCCGGCUCUGGAUCCCCAAAAUCGUUCCUGGGGGGCUGGUGCUCGGGCACGAUUUUAGUCCUCAAUGGCCCGGAGUGGUGCGUGCCGUGUGGGAGAACCGACCGAAUCAAAGGGUUUUCCUUGCCAUGGACUGGAUGUACUGGUGGCAGAUUGACGACGAAGUUCCGACAGGAGACCAGCAGGUCGAGCAAGAACAACUACCAGCGCCCGAUCUUUAAGUUUAAUUCAUGAGGUUCUAGCUUGUGAGUACAUUUUCGACCUCAUAAAAAAUAUGAAAAUGACGCACCUCGAUGUGUCGUACUAGCACAAUAGAAAAUCCACACACAAAUCGAAAUGGGAUCAGCAUCCGGUGACUCCGAUCAUCUUCGUUCAAGUUUGUCUUUGGUUAACAAUGCAGCAUUCCCCGUCCGCUCAUCGGGACGAGAAUGAGGAAAGGUAAACGAAUAUGAAAGACUACGACGUUCAAAAAUGUUGAAAAUGCUGAAUGAAUAUAGAGCGUUAGCCAGCGCAUCCCCUUGGAUUGAUUGAUGAAAAAACAUAAUGAAGAUGUUUCGCAGCCAUGGGUGUGUAUGUGUAAUGCAUAACGAAGGCUAUAUUGAUGUGUAGGAGUCUAUUCGUGAUCAAAG